AUGCCUGGAACACUAGCAGAACCGUAUAGGGGCUUCAUGGUCAACUAUCCUCAUCAUACGGGUAGUAAAGAUACCACCCAAGAAGAUAUAAUUUCCUAUGGUGCCGCCCAGUUGCUUCAAGAGCGGCCCGAUAUUCGCUAUCACUCCGACACAACCCAACCACCCUUUGGAUCUCCCUCGACUUUUAUCACGGAUCGCAUAAUCCCACGCCAUCCAGCUCCGCAUUACAGUCCUCAAUACAAUACGCAAUACAACCCGCAUGGUUAUGAACUAGCUCCGCCCCAGAAUAGCCGAAAGCGACAGCACACCGACAAUGGAGCAAAUAGCAACCGCGAUAUGGACAUGGAUCGCGAUUAUCCGCCUCGCCCUCCUGUGCUGCAAAGCUUACCGACGGACACAUUACCACCAGUCAGCGAGUCGACUGAAUCAACGUACCCCGUUCAUAAUGACCAUCGAGUUCCUCAAUCUUCAAACCAUGACUACGGGUCCCUGGUUUCUCUCCCACUCCCGCAGCAGCACCACCAUCAUCGGCUGCCAUCCCAGGCGAGGACUCAUGUGAAUUCGGAUGGAGAUUCUGGAAAUGGAUCAGCCUUAGGAGCCGCAGGAGAUGAUGAUAUGAGCUUCAUGAAUCAAGAGGGACUGCCCGCCAUCCUGCCCGAGCCGAAGGCAAAGAAGACCAAAUUCGGCAAAGUGGAAGAUGACACACUGAUUGAAUUGAAAGAACAUUGGAAAUUCACUUGGAAACAGAUUCAAUUCUGGUUUCCUGGACGUGCGAGCGGUACAUUACAAGUCCGUUAUUGUACCAAGCUAAAAGUGAAGGACCUGAAGGAUAUCGUUUGGACUGAGGAAAUGGAUUCGCGACUACACAAGGCGAUAGAAGAUUAUGAGAAUGAUCGAUGGAAGGUCAUUGCUCAGAAAGUUGGCAAUGGGUGCACGCCUUUGGCGUGUCAACGGAGAGCGACAAAUUCUGGGCCUGAGCCUGACCGCGCUCGGGCCAAAGCGGCUUCAAACUCGCCCAACCUCAAACCUCCAAACUCCCUCUUUCCUGCCCCAAACGCCCGCGUUAUUCAACCCAUCUUCAGGACAAUGUUCCUCCAACGUACAGCCUCCGCCCUCGCGAGGCGCUCGCCUGCCAGCGCUUUUACUCUCGCUCAGCGCCCUUUCUCCUCUUCCAUCGUCCGCUCCAACGCCAACAAGUGGGCUCCUAAGCAGGGAGGCAAGAUCUUGACCUUCGAGGAGAUCAAGACUGAGGAUGACCUUAUCCCCGCGGGUGGUAAGCCCGGUACCAUUCCCAGCGAUCUUGACCAGGCCACUGGUCUCGAGCGUCUGGAACUCAUCGGAAAGAUGCAGGGCAUUGACAUCUUCGACAUGCGCCCCCUCGAUGCCUCCCGCAAGGGAACACUCGAAGACCCCAUCAUCGUCAACAGCGCCGGUGAUGAGCAGUACGCCGGCUGCACUGGUUACCCCGUAGACUCCCACCAGGUCAACUGGUUGACCGUCUCCCGUGAGCGCCCUAUCGAGCGCUGCCUCGAGUGCGGCAACGUCGUCAAGAUGAACUACAUCGGACCCGAGGAGGACCCCCACUCCCACGACCACCACCACGACCACGGUCACCACCACCCUCCCCACGUCGAGCCCAAGACUUUCGCCGACUACGUCAAGCCCGAUUACUGGUACCGGUAA